GCCUGGCCUUUAAGAUAAAGAAAAGGAAACCCAAUCGAAAACCUAAAACCCGAUUAGAUUUUCUUAGAUACGAAACCUCUCUUACGACGCUCCUUCCUCAAUCUCUCUCGAUCGUCGGAGAUUCUUUCUUCAAGAGUCAUCUUCUUCUUCUUCUCCUUCUCCCUAAACCCUAAUUUAUCGCGUUUGGAUCGAAUCAGCUGUCAAUUCUUGUUUUGGUUUUCACGGCCAGGGCCAUGUCUGCCGUAUAUUGCGGAACCAAGAGAUCUUACUUCGACGAUAAUUCUUCUCCGCCCUCUUCUAAGAGGUUCCGAUGUUUUUCGCCUUCCAAUUCUCCAAUCUGGUCCUCUCCUCCUUCCUCAUCGCUCGAUCAGCUUCACUCUGCGUUUCCUCAUAUUGAACUCACGGUAGGUCUUCCUUCUAUUCAAUCCACACAGAUCUAGCUUUACCUUGUUCGCAUCUUGUACUAGAAAUCUCACUGACUAGGCAUUUGUUGACCUCAAAUUACGCAUCUGUCUCCGAUAUCUCUCUUCUUCUUCUUCUUCACCGCCUGUAAAUUGAGCAUCGAAAAUUCACGUCUCGGUUGCACAGGUUCUCGUCAAGGCACUAGAAGAUAAUGGAAGUGAUUUUAAUGCUGCUAUGAAGAGCUUAUACUCUUUCGCAUCUUCUGAGGAGAAGAAAGCUGAAGAAUUGGCCGCAGGAGGUGCUGCUACUCAGGAAACUGAUGCCGUUUGUGGUGGAAACCCCCCGACCAGUGGUGAUGACUGGGUUGAAUUGUUAGUCAGGGAAGUGUUACAAUCGUCUGGUACAGAUGAUGCAAAAGUACGUGCAGCAAGAGUCCUUGAGGCCUUAGAGAAGAUGUUAAGUGCACGUGCUCGUGAAGAAGCUGGAAACAAAUUCCAAGAGGAGAAAGUGGCAGUGCAGCAACAGGUGGAGACCUUGGUGAAGGACAACACAGUCCUCAAACGUGCUGUUGCUAUCCAGCAUGAGCGGCAGAAGGCAUUGGAGGAUGCGAACCAUCAGCUAGGACUUUUGAAGCAACUGGUUCCUCAGUAUCAGGAAAAGCUUAGAAAUCUGGAGGUGAACAAUUACGCGUUGAGAAUGCAGCUGCAGCAAGUGGAACAUGGCAACUCAAUGCCAGCAAGAUUCAAUCCGGACGUCUUCUAAAGCUCUCCAAGAAGACAAGGACACUUGCAGAGGAGGAGAAGGCAAUAAACGAAAGUAGAGGGAGAGAGAGAGAGAGAGCGAUAUCAAACUACAAAACAAAAGUGCUUUUGCAUUGUAAUACUGUGUAGUCAGGACAAACAAACAUUCUGUUUCCUUUCCUUUUUUUUUUAUAUAUUUCUUUGGUUUGCUGCUGUUUGUCUCAGGCGCAUUUAUUUUGGAAAUCAAGGAUGUGUUUUGGUACAUAGGGCUGUAUAAUUUGACAUUGUUCUGAAAAUUCGAAUCGGAUCAACCAUUAGUAGUAUAUGAUAUGAAUGAAUGAUUUUACCUGUAAGAAAUAAGCAAACGAGACUUUUGGGUUACGGCAAAAGAAGUGAUGGAAGAGAAAAAU